AUGAGUGUCACGUUUGAAGUCUUCCGUGGUUCCAAAGACGGCAAGAUCGUGGCCGACAAGACCACGCGCACCCUGCAACACAAUGAAGUCUAUAUCGAGACAACACACUCCGGCCUCUGCGGCACAGAUGAGCAUUUCCUCAAGUCAGGACAGGCUUUGGGCCAUGAAGGUGUAGGUGUAGUUCGCCAAAUCGGCCCUGGUGUUACAAACGUGAAGAUUGGUGCCCGUGUUGGGUUUGGAUACACUCAUUAUGUGUGUGGAGACUGCGAGAGGUGCUUAACCGGAUGGGAUCAAUAUUGCGAGAACAAGAAAGAGUACGGCACGCACGACCACGACCUCGGCUCGUUUGGUGAGGGUGUUGUCUGGGAUGCUGGAUGUGUGGUUCCCAUCCCCGAUGGGUAUGAUUCGGCCGAUGCAGCACCUCUGAUGUGUGCUGGUGCCACUGUCUGGACCGUACUAUCAGAAUACGGCGUUAAGCCCACCGACCGAGUAGCUAUUAUGGGCAUUGGAGGACUUGGACACUUGGCUAUCAAAUUGGCGGCUGCCAUGGGAUGCCAUGUGGUGGUGCUAUCGAGCUCAGAGGCCAAACGAGAGGAGGCGUUCAGUUUCGGUGCUUCUGAGUAUCAUGUUUUCCGCACCGGCCAGGAAAUGACUGGCUUCAAGCCGGUCAACCACCUCCUGCUGUGUGGAAGCGCCAAUGUUGACUAUCCCUCACUCAUCCCGCUCAUGGACAUCCACGGAUCCAUCUACCCUCUGACCGUGGAUUUCAAUCCUUCGCCAGUGCCACUGCUGUUCAUGAACAUCAAGGGAGUCCGAAUCCAGGGCUCCUUAGUAGCUUCGCGUCACUCCCUCCGGGCCUUGGUUCAGUUUGCGGCGGAGAAGAAGAUCACACCGACUACCAUGACAUUCCCUUUGACCAAAGAUGGUGUUGAGGAGGCCAUGGAGACCCUUCGAAAUGGAAAGAUGAGAUACCGGGGAGUUUUGGUUCGAUGA